CACAACUAACUUAGACUCUUCUAGCAUAAAUCUAAUUACAACUCAUAAUGAAUCACAAAAAAAAGGUAUUUUGCCUUUUCACUUUAUCUAUCUAACCUCCCAAUCCUAGAGAUCUUUUACCUUGCACAUAUAUAUAUAUCUACCAAGCAUAAUUUGUUAACUAAGAAAUACUUGGUUUUCAAACAAGAAAAGAGAUCAUAAUGAAGUUAUUUCAAUGGGUGCAUCGAAAACUUCGGCAGAAUAGUAUAGAUCCUUUCAAGGAUUUCACACUUGGAAACCCUUGUACUUGCCUUACAGUGCAACCAACACUUGACAAUCAAUGCUCCCAGACAAAGCCAAGCUUCAGCUCCAUAAAUCAACCCAGUUUCUCAAAGCCACACCAUCAGGAAAGUCAAACAUCUUAUUCUGGAUUGGUUAACAGCAGAGAAGAUAAGUGCCAAGAAGAAACACCUGAAAUCAUCUCUGAUCUCUUUGAAGGUUUUCUAACAAUUGGAACUCUUGGAGCAGAAACAGUCACCAAUGAGCCUGGAACACCAACAUUUGCAAUGCCUUCGGAAAACAUAACAAUGAGAAAUGAAGUGGUGACAGAAAAUGAAUUGAGUCACAUAAGUUAUGCGCUUGAGACAUUUCUUGAGGCUGAAAAAGAAGAAAGUCUCUAUGAUUCAUCAGGAAGAAACAGCUAUGUUAGCACCAUCACACUUGGUGGAAAGGAAAUAGAUGGAUCCAAAGCUGAAGAUUACAGAAAUAAAGUUGUAUGUCCACUGCAAGGAUAUUUACUGGGGUCCUCAUUUGAACUACCAGAAACAACACAAGUAAGGAAAGAGAGAGCAUCACUUUCUGAGCUACUUUAUAAGACAAAGGCAGCAAGUCAAGAUUGUACAGAGACAGGAGUAAGAAAAGAGACACAGGUCAAGCAAACACCUAAGUCAGCUGCCAUGCGUAUUAUUAGAAAGAUACUUAAAACGGAUCACAGUUCUUCAAAAAGCUGCUACAGUUCCAGGAAUGAUGCUGAGUCUGCUUCAACCAAUAAAAAACUCCAAAAGGUUCUACGAAUGUUUAACAGAAAAGUCUAUCCUGAAAGCCUCAUAAAUGGAAAAGAUUUCAUUAAAUCCGACAAAGGUGAGAUAAAAAAUCUUCCUCCUGAAUCCUUCCAUGAAUAUAAUAAUGAAAACUCCACAAACCCAGAAAAAGGCAAAAGAUUUCAAUCAGAUACCAAAUCAAGAAAGUGGUCCCAACACUAUAAGACCAACUGGAACCCACCACAGCCUGGGCUAAUUUGCAGUAGCUCAACUGGAAACAAUGAGCACUGGAUUAAAACAGAUGCAGAGUAUUUGGUGCUGGAGCUGUAGAAACUUAAGCUGUACUAAAGUGGUGAUGAAUUAAGCCUCUAUAAGAGAGACUUCUCAAACUAGUAUUGAUAUUAUGAUCAUGCUAUGCUUGUACUUAGAGUGAUGAUAAUGCAUUGAAUACAGUUGUGAGUUUUGUGCAAUUCCUAAUAAAUAAACGUGUUUGAUUUGCUUUUA